AUGGCGUCAACACCCCCACCUCCAUCACCAACGUCGCUCCGGGUGCCUCGAGCACCGCGUUUUGGACCCAAGCACGAUAAUUACGAACCCUACCCUACUCGGUCUUCCGCUAGACUAGCAGGUCAACGAGAAGUCAAGUCCCGUCAAAUUACGCCACCCACAAGUCACUCCAGCGCACCAAACAAAAUGGGUGUUCCUAAGAGAACCCUUUCGCCCUUUUCACCUGGAACUGGCCAAUCUGCCCCCAGAAAAGCUGCAAACUCUCGCAUCUCACAAUUUGAUUCUGAAUCCUCACAUCCCCACACUUCGGCUAGUCAACCAUCCCGAUCAUCUGCAGAACGAGCUUUACCUACUCCUGCCAAGACACCCUCGAAGAAGAAGAUAAUUAGCACUGAGUCUUCCACCUCUCGCGCCAUUUUCCCUCCAAGCUCUACCCCGAGACGCAAGAAGGUAGACAUCGCAAUGGAUCCAUUCGACGACCUUGGAACCCCCCUGACUGGCUCGACUGGAUACACUACUCAUGUCCGAGGCCAAACUGAUCCAGCUCUGAUGCGUGAUCUGGGUAUUCCAUCUUUCCCAAUUCACACUGAUUCGCGUGACCGUAUUCCCAUGCGCGCUGGACUUGGUGGAAACCCCUUUGCCUCCAAGCCUGGCAGACCCACAACUCGUUCGACAACCACCCACGAUGAUGGAGUCUGGUAUGUUUGCCGUGGCAAGAAAGUCUUCAAGCGUUUUGAUGAAAUGGAAGCAGAUGAGGAUGAAGAUGAGGAUGACCUCGGUCUCUUGGCUCGCCGCCCUGACCUGUUCGCUGAUGAGCCCGACAUGUUGAAGAAGGUCAAGCCUCUCACCCGAUCUUCUAUCAAGCCUCGUACUCUAUUCAAACAGCCUGAGCCCGAGAAAGAGCUCGCCGAAGAGGAAGAUCUCACUGAUGUCGAAGAUAAUGAUGCCCCAUCUCCGACUCCUGCCGAUCCUGCUUACGACUUUGCUGUUGACACCGUCACUCCUGAAUUCGAACCAAUCGACUCUCUUGUCGCUCCUGGUGCACCCGGCAGCAAAAUCAUCCCUACAUCCAACAACAUGGUCCCUGGGUCCAACAAACGAGUUCGCACCGACAGCGGCGCUAGUCUCCUCAAUUAUUACCCUCUCACCAAGAAGCUAUCUGCAGUUGAGACCCGCGCUGAUCGCCUCAAGCGUUCCCGCGAGUCGCGAGGCAGCCCUGCUCCACGCAUCCGGAAGGCUCUGCGCAGUGGAACUUCUGCGGAGGCUCCGACCUCUUCGGAGCCUGUCGCUGACGUCUAG